AUAAUUAAUAAUAAAAUGCUGGCAAACCAUCGGCAAGCCAGAGCCAAAGCAACCAAGGGCUCCAAAGAACCCAGGAGAUACUCAGCAAGAGCUUCUGAUAGAUCCAAAACUAGCAGCUACAAAGAUAAAGCCCAGAGAUACUACUCUUCUUUCGGUGGAAAGAGACACCCUCAACGUGCUGCUCACCAAGAGUACUCAGAGGCUCGCACUCCCCAGAACGACGGUAAUAAUAACCUGAAGAAGCUCACGAACUUCUACUUGAAGAACAAGGAGCUUGAUGAGGAGGCAAUCAAGUUGAAGUCUCUGAGUUACCUCGACAAGAAGGGAAUUUUGCAAGACAAAAUUAAUAAACGUUACUACAAAGAUAAUGAUAUCGCCAAUCAUUUAAAGGUUAAUCAAAAGCAAUGAUUGUGCCAUCAGAUGAGAAUCCCUAAUAAUCAGCUUAGAGUCAGGUACCCAAAAUGAGUUCAUUCACUCUAUACUGAAGAUUUUGAAAAGAAGAGAAAAUGCAUUGGAGGAAAAACUGAAGUUUUCAAUAGAGAUAAAGAGAAGAAAUUUUUCAAAGCUGACCAUAUUGGCAUGAAAACUAGCAAAGAAAUUGAUUUUGCUGGUGAACAAGUACCUUAUGAAAGAGUUACAAAGAAAAGGCCAGCAACUUCUUAUGGACCAUUUAUUUCAUCAACUUCUUAUGGUCAUACUUUCCAAGGAUGGGGAAAUGCAGGAGGUUACGCACCAGCUUUAGUCCCAAGAGGUAAUCUUCAGACAACAGCUAGCAUGCCUUUUAAAGCUUGUUCUGCUUACAAGGAUACAUAUAAAAGUGUGCCUGCUUCUCGUCCAGGCUCAAAUGUAAAUAAGACUGGCAGAGCAAAUGCUGGAAAAUCUGGUUCUAGAAAAGGUAGCGGACAAGGGGCUCAACACGGCAAGGAUAACAUCGACCCAAAUAAAAUAUACGGAGGUAAAAAUAGAGCACAAAAGAGUCAGAUUAGCAUUCUCUCAUCCCCAGAUAAGAAACUAAGAUUUAUGAAUGAGACAACAAAUAGAGUUGAAUUUGCGAACAAGUCUGGAAAUGAGAGAUCAAGACCAAUAAAGCAUCCAGAUAAUCUUGGAAAUCUUGACUUGAAAGUUGAUCCCUCUGUUUACAAUACUCAAUACAGAAACAAUUUUAAUGACUAUAGCAAGGGUGGAACAUGUAAAAGGGAAGACGAAAGAAUUACUCUUAGGAAAGGACUCAAGCAACUGCAAUAAG